UAGAUCAUUUGUCCAUAGCAAAUGCACCGAUCUUAGGCGAAGAAGGGCAGCGUCCAGUCGUCCACUGCUAUACGAGUUGUCAAGAAUAGACAAGUUCUCAAGAGUGUUGGGUCCCACUCCAGUCACCCGAAGAAACCAAAAACCCACAGUUCGCAAUUUUUCCCUCACUCACUAGUCACCACCCUUCUCCCCAGUUCUCACUUCUUACAUAUUGGGUGGAGAAAAAAUCCCAAUUCAGCAUCGAAAACCCUAAAUUUCCCUUGCACCCCUUUUCCGUAACAGGAUCUUCAUCAACCCUCUGAUUCUAUCCUUCUUCUACAACCUUCCAAAAUGCACAAAUUAGGGAGGGGUCACCGUGACAAACUCCAGCAGUUCAUGGCAAUAACUGGAGCUAGUGAGAAAAUAGCGCUACAGUCUCUGAAGGCAAGUGAUUGGCAUCUAGAAGGAGCAUUUGAUUAUUUCUACAGCCAGCCUCAGCUUAAAACAUCUUAUACGGACUCUAGACACUUGGAGGAGCUGUAUAAUAGAUAUAAAGAUCCAUAUGUCGAUAUGAUUAUGGUGGAUGGUAUCACUCUCCUUUGCAAUGAUAUCCAGGUGGAUCCUCAAGAUAUUGUAAUGUUAGUUCUUUCAUGGCACAUGAAGGCUGGCACCAUGUGUGAAUUUUCCAAGAAGGAGUUUAUUGAAGGCUUACAAUCCCUAGGGAUUGAUUCGCUGGAGAAGUUCCGUGAAAAGAUACCCUAUAUGCGUUCUGAGCUGAAAGAUGAACAGAAGUUCCGUGAGAUAUAUAAUUUUGCUUUUAACUGGGCAAAGGAGAAGGGUCAAAAAUCUCUGGCACUGGAUACGGCUAUUGGAAUGUGGCAAUUAUUAUUUGCUGAAAGGCAGUGGCCACUGGUUGAUCACUGGUGCCAAUUCUUGCAGGCUCGCCAUAACAAAGCAAUCUCCAGGGACACAUGGUCCCAGCUUUUGGAGUUUGCAAAGACUGUUGGCCCGAAUUUAACUGAUUAUGAUGCUGAAGGUGCUUGGCCUUAUCUCAUUGAUGAAUUUGUGGAGUAUCUGAAUGAGAAUGGGAUUAUUCAAAAUGGUCAAUUCAGUGACUCUAGUUUAAAACGAUGAUGCAAUUCGCCGAACAACUGCUAUAAAGUGAACUUGAUCUUUGUCUCCCUUGUGAUAUGGGUUGUGCUAUCAUGUGAUUGAACUCCUCUAUCACUUAAGGGGGAUUUAAUCUGAGAAAUUCCACCAGAAGAGGACAUGGCUGCUUAGCAUAAACUCAUUCUUGCUGACAAGUAUAGUAGCAUCAUUUACUUGUGGGAUUGUUCAUAUGGGUAUAUAUGAAUUUCCUUGAGAAGUUGUGGAAUUGAACAGGGGAUUCUACUGAUGAUCCCUGGUGUCAACAGUUUCUUGUCCUUUCCAAUGCUAAUAAUUAUUGUACAAUGUCUUGUUAGAUAAAAGAUUUCUGACUCUGAUUGUUCA